AUGGCGAGCCAUCUCACCAAGCUCGAGAUCAACUGUGACAUGGGCGAAGGGUUUGGGAGGUGGAAGAUGGGACCCGACGAGGAGCUGAUGCAAUACAUCGACACGGCCAACAUCGCCUGUGGGUUUCAUGCCGGUGACCGGAGCUUGAUGCUCAAGACGGUUCGACUGGCGAAGAAACAUGGGAUCAAGGCCGGUGCACACCCUGGUCUUCCAGACUUGGCCGGUUUUGGCCGGCGAAAGAUGGAAAUCGACCCUCAGGACAUGUACACGAUGAUCCUGUACCAAGUGGGCGCGCUGAAAGCGAUGCUGGACGCCGAGGACGUACCGCUCAACCACGUUAAGCCGCACGGCGAGCUGUUCUUCUACAUGAUGCGCGACGCCGAAAUCCGCCGCGCCGUCCUGGACGCCUGUGCGCACUUCCAUGUUCCUGUUUACGGAUGUCGCAACCCGGAGUGGAAGGCCGACUGUGACAAAAAAGGCAUUUUCUUCCAGGAGGAAAUGUACGUCGACAUCGACUACGACAGGCAGGGAAGGCUUCUGCCCGUGGCCAAGUCGCAGAAGGCUACGGCUGAGCUGGUCUAUGACCGUGUCAAGUCCGGUGGGUUGCAUGAUACGACCAAAGAUAAUGAGGGUAAUGAGCUCGUUCUGGGGUUUCAGGGGAACCCGUUCAGCAUUUGUAUUCAUUCGGAUAUGCCGACGGCCUUGGACAAUGCGAGGGCUGCGAGGAAGGCGGUCGAUGCGGUCAAGGCGGAGAGGUAUGUUUAG